AUGACACACAAGACUAUAAACAGCAAUAAUCUAGAAUAUAUGAAAAUACAAACGCGAUUUAUUAUUGGGAAUAAUAUUCAUACACUGAAUGAUGGCAGUCUACGUGAUUUAAUCCAUUUGAAAACAUUAGUUUUAUCGAAUAAUAAAAUUGAACAUAUUGAAGAGAAUGUAUUCAGUCAACUGACUAAUCUACGACGUUUGAAACUUAAUUCAAAUCUACUGCAAACUCUACCAGAUAAUGUAUUCGCUUCAUUGAAACAACUACAACGUCUAGAUUUACAAGAUAACAAAUUGAUUUGUCUGCCAGGUUCUCUAUUUUCUGGUUUAACUGAAUUACGUUUCAUUCUCCUCGCCAAAAAUAAUCUAAAAUGGUUGCCUGGAUCAUUAAUUUCUGAUUUGAAAUUACUUCGACACAUUGAUUUAAAAGAAAACCCAUUACAAUGUGAUUGUCAUAUUCAACCGUUUAUAAAGGAGUUUAUUGAGACCAAUCGUUUGGCUAUACUACAGAGAUCUGGAGCAGUUUGUUCUUCACUGAGUACAGAUCCAAGUUUGCAUGGAUCUACAUUAAGUGAACAUGUCUAUCAAACACUGCAAUGCCCUGCUGACUCAUAUCUAGUGUUGAAACCAUCGCAACAGUGUAGAUCAUUGAUAACUAGAUCUUCAUGUGAUGGAAUUUGUGACUGUUCAACUGAAGGUGUUGCUAAUUGUCAAGGUCGUGGAUUAAAAAUUAUACCAAGUGAUCUACCAAAAGAUAUCAUGGAAUUAAAUAUGAAUCAUAAUGAAUUGGUUUCUCUUCCACAAAAUGCAUUUGUUAAUUAUAAAAAUCUACGAAAAAUUGUUUUAGACAACAAUCGAAUAUCAUUUAUUCAUCCACAAGCAUUCAAUAAUCUUCGAGAACUGUCAUCAUUGUACAUGAGCUCCAAUGAACUAGGCUUACUUCCAUCGAAUUUAUUUUCCCAACUUUCCAAUCUGAAAAUAUUAUAUUUGCAUCGAAAUAAAAUCUCUUGCAUACAAAGAGGAUCAUUUGCAGGUCUGGAGCAUUUACAAAUCUUACAUUUAUCAAAUAAUCGUAUACAAACAUUCCCAAGAAAUAGUUUUGAGGACCUACGUCGAUUGAAGUAUUUAUAUUUAGUUCACAAUCCACUUAUAUGUGAUUGUCAGUUAGCAGCUUGGUUACCAGCUUUUCUUAUUGAAAAAGAAGCUGGUGGUACACAAUGGGCUAGAUGUGCAGAACCAAUCAAUGUUCAAGGUCGUCAUGUACGAGAAUUAUUACCUCAUAUAUUGAAUUGUCCAAGCACAAUCACGCAUGAAGAAGAGAAACACAGUUGUGAAUUUCUGGAUCAUCAAUGUCCAGAUGGUUGUAGAUGUAAAGAAAUUCUUCUUAAGCCUAGAAUGCAUGCCAAUUCUGAAGCUGUUUUCAGACCAGAUGAAUUUGGAUCAAUUCUUGAUGGAUUAAGUGUGGACUGUUCGAAUCUGGAAUUAACAGAAAUUCCCAAUAAUUUACCAAUAAAUACAAAAGAAUUAAAUCUAAGAAAUAAUUUAAUCAGAUCUAUUACAAUUGAAUCUGGAUUAUCGAAAUUAAAAAGCCUUGAAACAUUCAUUGUGGAUGGAAAUGAAAUUGACCACAUCGAGCCAUUGUCAUUUCAGAGUAAUUUCAAUAUGAAAAAACUGAUUCUUAGUAACAAUUCACUAACCUAUUUGGAAGAAAAUACAUUCAAAGGUUUGAAAAGCCUUGAAAUAAUGUUACUUCAACAUAAUCAAAUUAAAUGUUUGAAUAAUAGAACAUUUAAUCAAACUCCAGCAUUGAAAAUAUUGAUGUUGAACAAUAACAAAUUAAGAUGUAUCGCAAAAGGAAUAUUUACAGAAUUGAAUCUUGAAUCAUUCUGGUUGCCGGAUUGGUUAAGAAAUAAUGCAAAUCAAAUAAAUGAAGGUCCAUCACCGCCCACUUGCGUAUUCCCAGAAGAUUUAGCUGGUACACCAGUAACUAGUUUAUCACGUUAUCAUUUCAUUUGUAAAAAACAAUCCGCUUCUAAUCGUCUAAUUCAUGAAAAUUUGAAUAAUGAGAAAGAGAAUGGAAUAGUUCAAAGUGUCCAAGAUGUAUACCGUGAAACAAUGGAAACCAGUUGUUGUGAAGAAAUAGCAGGUCGAACUACAUGUCCAUCAAGUUGUGUGUGUGGAACUGAUGGCGUUUAUUGUUCAGACAGAAACUUAACCGAAAUUCCUGCGAAUAUUUCACCUGAAACAACUCAACUCUACUUGGAACGAAACCAAAUCACGAACAUUGAUUCAAAUAGAAUAGCCCAUUUGAAAAAGCUGCAUACCUUAAUUUUAAGUUAUAACAAACUACGUGAACUACCACCGCGUAUAUUUGAAAAAUUAACAAAUCUAAAAACAAUUGUACUGAGCUAUAAUAAUUUACAAUGUAUUCAUCCAGAAGCUUUUCAUGGUUUAUCUAAUCUUCGAGUUCUAAUACUUCAAGGAAACAAUAUUUCCAUUAUACCAGAAGGUACAUUCAAUGGUCUUGAUCAAUUGAACAAUGUGGCAGUUGGACAAAAUCCUUUACAUUGUGAUUGUACAGCCAAAUGGUUAAAUGAUUUCUUUCGACAACAUUUCUUAGAUAAUGGAAUUGCUCUAUGUUAUAGUCCUACAAAUAUGAAAUUGAAAUCAAUUUAUCAUUCAAAACCUACAGAUUUUAUUUGUCCAUUAAAACAACAACAUGAUCCGCAAAACGAAGCAAAUACAAGUUCAUCCAUAAACAAUGAUGAAAAUCUUCUCUAUUUUCAAAAUACAAAAACAUUAUUACCUGAAAAUCAGAAUAAUCAUUAUGAUCACAAAUCGAUCUCAGAAUCAAAUCAAGAUGAAAAAGAAUCCUUAAUGAUUAAUGCCAAAUGUAUGCCAUGCUUAUUGAAUCCAUGUCAAAAUGGUGGUACUUGUUUAGCAUUAACUCAAUUGGAUUAUAAAUGUUCAUGUAAACCCCCGUAUUAUGGUAAAAACUGUGAGCAAAGAGAUCAUAUAUGUUCAACAAAUCCAUGUCAAAAUGGUGGUUUAUGUAAAAUCACAUCUUAUCCAAGUUCAUUCAAAUGUAUAUGUCCGACAGGUUUUCAUGGACCAACGUGUAAUAAACCAAUAGAAACUUGCAAGCAAAAUUUUUGUAAAAAUGGCGGAACAUGCGAAGUCCUGGAUAAUGAUUAUCGAUGUCAUUGUAGAGCUUUAUUUCAUGGUAAAAAUUGUCAACAUGAAUAUAUUUAUUGUGAAGAAUUGAAUCCGUGUGCAAAUGGUGGAAAAUGUAUUAGUUUGCCGAAGAAUAAUUACAGAUGUGAAUGUUUAGCCGGAUGGAUUGGAAAUGAUUGUCAAAUCAAUCAAGACGACUGUGUAUAUAAUCGAUGUGAAAAUGGCGCUACUUGUGUCGAUGGUAUCAAUGAGUAUAUAUGUAAAUGUCGUCCAGGAUAUGCAGGUAUAUAUUGUGAAAGGCCAACUUGGAAACAAUCAACUUAUGUAACACGCAUGGAUAGACCAUUUAAUUAUCAAUUAAUGAUUGGACGUACAUCUGUUCCUGGAGUAAGACAAUCACCAAUAAAAACUCGAUCACUUACAACACAAAAUCUGGAUUCACUUUGUGCUUAUCAACAAUGUCAAAACAAUGCUAAAUGUGUUGAAAAUCAAAAUGAUGCAUAUACUUGUGUUUGUCAAAAAGGUUUUUCUGGUCAAUUCUGUGAAAAUUUAUUUGCUAUUAGUCUACCAAGCCCACAUUCUUACGUGGCAGUUGUACCACCAAGUAGAGGUGCUCUAGUGCCAAGUGGAACGAUAAGUUUUGAAAUGGCCACCAAAUCAACUAAUGGGAUUUUGUUGAAUUUCAUUGAUACAAGUUUAAUCAAUAAUUCAGAUGGUAUUCCUGAAAAUUAUUUGUUAGUCGAUUUGCAUAAUGGACAAGUUCAUGUUAAAUUCUCAUUAAGCCGAAAUCAUACUGUUCGUGAUAUGAAUUGUGAUAUAAAUAUAAAUGAUGGUAAUUUUCAUCAAAUUAAGUUAUAUCUAGAAGCUAAAAUUCUAUUUCUUUAUAUUGACAAAAAUUUAUGCAUAACUAUGGGAGAAACGAAUACAAAGUUGAAUGAAUCAAUCAGUAAUCCGGUUCACAAUAAUCCAAUUCCUGUAUCCUCUCUAUUCACAUAUAAUGUGGCAAUUAAAUCAAAACAUUUAGCAUUAACAAGUCCAUUGUAUUUUGGUGGUGUACCAGCUGAUCAGUUAGAAUUAUCACGUCAUCUGACAAAUGGGAUCUCUGAACUUGGAUUAACUGGUUGUAUAAGAAAUCUACAAAUAAAUGGCCGAACGAUUGAUUUUGCUCGUCUUUUUGGAGCACCAGUAGACAAAAUGACUGGGACAGAAGAACAUGACACUGAAAUCUCUUCACCAGAAGCUAAACAUCAUGGCACUGCAAUCGGAAUAUUGCCAGGUUGCCAAUUAAUGAAUGAAAAAUCAAAUGAUAUGGAGUCUGCAGUAGAAUUUCAAAUAAACAAUAAUGAGAGUGCGAAACUGCAAUCGAUUAACCCUAAUAAAGAUCAAGAAUUACCGAUCGGGAAAAGUGAACCAAUGAAACUAGGCAUGUUACAUAAUAUAAAAGCUAAUGAAAAGUCAAUCUCAUGUGAUUCACAUGGAAAUAAUCCAUGCCUUAAUGGUGGAAUAUGUGAAAACUAUGAAAUGAAUCAAACUGUAAAGUAUCAAUGUAAAUGUCCAAUUGGUUAUAAAGGAGAAAGAUGUGAAAUAAUACCUAUUUGUCAUCGUCAAACUCAACGUUCAUAUAUACGUGAUCCACAAACGAAUUGUAUUUCAUCAAGAAAAUUAUCAAUUCGUAAAUGUUCCGGUUCAUGUGAUUCAACUAUCAUCACACACCAACCUCAACACCAAUCGCAACACCACCAACAACAACCAUCAGUUAGCAAUGAGAAAGAUGAUUCCACUGGUGAUGAUGAUAAUGAUGAUCAGUCAUUAAAAUAUCAUAAAUGGAGAACACUUCAUAAACGAUCAACUAAUUCUGUACGUGUUUGGUUAUCAAAUCAUAUCAAACAUAAACAAUCGUCACCUAUGAUAACAAUGAAAGAGUCAACAAACUCUCCACACCUAGUACAACUUAAUUCUUAUUCUACAUCUUCUACUUUACCAAUCAUUACAAAACAACAUUGUUGUCAAGCUACAAAGACUAAAUUACGUCCAAUCUUAUUCAAUUGUCCUAAUGGUGCUGUUUAUGAACGAAUUAUAAAAUUAGCAAAAAAAUGUACUUGUGUUCAAUGUGUGGUUAAAUAG